CCUCUGUGUCGUAAUGUGUUUAUUAUUACCAUUAAAACAUUAGUCUAAUGCCAAAGAUCGUUUCUUCAUCUGUAGUUUCUUCUUCAGAUCAUGCACUAACUAAUGAUGAUCCAUCAAAAAAACUUCAUGUCUAUUACUGUCUUUGUUCCGAAUUUUUAUUAGUGAUUGACGCUGAUCUGCGACAACUACCAAUAAGAAGAACAGAUAAUGCCAUUAUUAUUUCAAAUGUUAGAAGAACAUAUAAAUUAACAGCCGAAGCAGGUGAAUGCGUAUUAUUAAAAAGACGUGAUGGUUACGAAAAACAAUAUAGAUAUCAAUGUCCAAGAUGUAGUUUGACAGUUGCUUAUGAAAUGAAUGAAAAUCGAAAAUCUUUACCAUAUACUUACAUCUUGGAAGGUGCCUUAACGGAUAUUCAAGGACGAGCUCCACCUAAUGCAGUGACUGAUAUAUUCCCAGCAACCACCACUCUUCCUACUACUACAUAAUAAAUUCAUUCUAUUUUAUUUUUAUUUUUAUUUUAUU